AUGUGGCCCUUUUUUGUCCCCUCAUUCCUAACCCCGGACUAUACCUGGCCGGCACCCGCCGUGUCAACUGUCCGGAGAACCACCCCACCGGUUCCCGCCGUACCAGGCCCCAUCAGCAGAUGGCUGUGCGAUCGCACGAGUGUUGAGGAGGUCAUUGCAAUGCAAAUGGUUCGAGCGGCUGGCAUUCCAGUCCCAAGAGUCCUCAGCUGCGGCGAGCACGUUACCCCACACUUAACGCGCGAGGUCUCAAUACUCAUGACGAGAUUACCGGGCUUCACCUUAGUGAACCUUGAUGACCCUUUAGAGGUUGACGAUGAGGGCCCGUGGCUCGAAGAACUCAAAACCUGCGUCCACGCUAUGCGCGAGUGGGAGCCACCAAGUCAAGAAACCAUCUGCUCGCCUAUUGGAACGGCCCUCCGAAGCUCGCGUGUCCCUGAUCAUAUCAUGGGCCCUUUCAUAGAUCACAGAUCAUUCUACCAGCACCUUUUCGCGCCAGCAUCACAGCACGGUUUCAGAUCGAUUAAUGAGUAUAAUGAGGCCCUAGCUACUGCGAGGCAAUUACAACAACGCCCUUAUAAAGUGAAAUUCACUCAUGGAGACUUCAAAGCUCAUAACAUUCUAAUCAACAAUGAUGGACACUUGUCUGGCUUUCUCGACUGGGAAUCUGGGGGUUGGUAUCCCGAGUAUUGGGAAUUUACAACCGCAAUGAGGUUUGGGAGAGACAGCUGGUGGUAUCAGGUUGCUAUGUGGAUGGGUGGUCACGAAUAUAAAGAGGAGUUGGAAUCGGAUAGAGCUUUAAAUCUUCUAACCGUGGACUCCUACAUAGCAUUUUAA